ACUACCUUUGUAGCUGAACGUGACGCUAGUGUCCAGGAAGUGGAGCUCUGGCAUAAAGUGUCUCUUAACGGCCGCGUGGCUCCUGCGGCUUCAGUGACACCUAGCUAGCUGGGAGGAGAGGGGCAGUGUGACAGCUGCUGGCAGCUGGACAAGCCAAGGGGAGCGCCUGGCGUCCACUGUGAAGGCUGGAGCGGCAUGCCCUGCUGCUCAUGCCAGUGAAGCUCUGCCAGGAGGAAGCCAGGGGCGGGACUCUUGCCAGAGGCCGGGCUGGCGCAGCAUGGAGCACUCAGGCAAGAUGGAGUUUUUCCAGAAGCUCGGCUACAACCGGGAGGACGUGGUCAGGGUGCUGGGCAAGCUGGGCGAGGGCGCCCUGGUCAACGACGUGCUGCAGGAGCUGAUCCAGACGGGCAGCCGCCCGGGGGCCCACCAGGACAAUGCCGCGCCUCUGCUCGUUCCCAGGGGCUCCUGCGGGACCCCUGACUCUGCCCAGCGUGGGCGCGGGGCUGACCUGGAGGACGAGUGCGGAGACCCAGCCAGUUCCUUGCGACCCAUCGUGAUCGACGGCAGCAACGUGGCGAUGAGCCAUGGAAAUAAAGAAGUCUUCUCUUGCCGGGGAAUCCAGCUGGCUGUGGACUGGUUCAGGGACAGAGGACAUACCUACAUCAAAGUGUUUGUUCCGUCCUGGAGGAAAGAACCACCAAAAGCUGACACCCCUAUUAGAGAGCAGCACCUGCUGGAGGAGCUGGAGCGGCAGGCGGUGCUCGUGUGUACCCCCUCCCGCAAGGUGAAUGGCAAGCGCGUGGUCUGCUAUGACGACCGCUACAUCGUGAAGGUGGCCUAUGAGCGGGAUGGCGUCAUCGUCUCCAAUGACAACUACCGUGACCUGCAGAGUGAGAACCCCGAGUGGAAGUGGUUCAUCGAGCAGAGGCUGCUCAUGUUCUCCUUUGUCAAUGACCGGUUCAUGCCUCCUGACGACCCCUUGGGCCGCCGGGGGCCCACCUUGAGCAACUUCCUGAGCAGGAAGCAGAAGCCCCCGGAGCCGUCCUGGCAGCACUGCCCCUAUGGCAAGAAAUGCACCUACGGCAUCAAGUGCAAGUUCUACCACCCGGAGAGGCCGCACCACGCGCAGCUGGCGGUGGCCGACGAGAGCCCGUCAGGCCCUCUGGUCGGGCCGCGGGCUGGGGACUCCCCAGGGGACCCGCAGAGUGACCUCCUCCCCCAGCGAAGGCCUCCCGCCGACCCCUGGGCCCUCCCGCAUGGGGCCGCCGGCUUCCCGGGACCGUCGGCCUGGUCGGACUUGGGUUGGGGCGAUGGCGCCUUCUGGGGACCUUUGGGGUCCGCGACCCCAGCCGCGGCCAGCGAGGGGGUGGAACGCGCCCGGGCGCGCACCACUCUCUGCAGCAUCUUCCCGCCCCACCAGGUGGACAGCGUCAUGGCCCUGUUCCCCGCGCUCUCCGACGUCACCAGGCUCAUUCUCCUCAUCCAGAGAUUCCAAAAGUCUGGCGCACCCGUGGGAAAGCCCUAAGGAGCAAGUGCAAGCCACCGCCAGCGCUGUCCCAACUGGGCCUUACAACUGGGCCGGGCGGCCGGCUGGUUGACGGCCUGCAUCUGGGUCGGCCCACCUGUGAGGCCCGCUUCUUUUUAAAGAUGGUCAGAGAAGCUAAAUUCCUCACCCUCAGCCUUGCCUUUGGUGGCACUUGGUGACUCUCACUGAUGACAAGUCUGCUUGGAAGUCUGUGUCCUGCAGACUAAGGUUGGCUACUUUCGUGUUGGGAGUGAUUUCUCCUACCUGCAAGACUGCAAGUCCCACUAGGCUCCAAGGGUUUGUCAGGAACCCUUCGGGAUUGUUUUUGUCAAGCUGCAGUGGCGAGCCACAAGUGGUCACUUGAUCAAUUUAGUGAGUUGAAAUGGAAUAAGAAAUCUCAGAGCACACUCCACCUAAUCAGGUUAAGUAUGUACAAAACUCUUGUUUGAUAGCUACAUGUGUGUGCUUGUGUACCCUUGGUAGCCAUGCAAAUUUAAUGUGGGUCAUGGGCAAAAGUUAGAGAAAUCAUUGAAUUUUAUUGCAUCGAAUCAUGUUUAAAUACGUAGUCAGUUGGCCAGUGGAGGUUUUGGCAUCAGGAGAUUUCACAUGAGCUGUUUCUAUUCUAGCCUCACGAGAGUUCUAGCCUUGGUAUGUGGGUUCCACUUGUCGCUCUGAAGUUGUGUGGCUGUGCAGGUCUGUGGAGAUGUGGCAGGGACGUGUUGUCUCGAGGGCCUGCCUGUGGGGCCUUUACCCCCUUCACACGACACACAGACACAUACACACACGGACACAUAUACAUCACACGCAUGUCACAGAGCUAAGUGGUCCAGCACAGGCUGUCUAGCGGCCAAGGCUGCUAAGCCAUACCUCACAGCAGAGGCCCAGUGAGUCAGGACUUCUCCUCAGAAACUUCCAGGUGGGUCAGAGGUGAGCUGGGAUGAGUGUCAGUCAUGGAGGUUGUCACCUUCCACCAUUGCUUUUUUCCACAGCCGGCUAUUGCUUUGAGUUUGGGGGAGAAGGAGUCCACCCAUUUGCAAUGGACAAGAAAUUAUAUGGCGCUGCCAGAGCAUGGACCCUGUGUCCUCAGGUGUCUCUGUGCGGCAUCCACCCAAUCACUCUGGGUUCCGAGUCCAGCUCUGCGGGGCUUGGCUGAUUUGUUCAUGAGGGGACUCGGUGGCUUGGCCAUGGUAGAGAGUGUAAAGCACCUCCCAAUGGAAAAGCAGAUGCCAACUGCUGCAAGCUUCUUGCAGGACUGGCAAGAGCAGAGGGGGACUUCUCAGUGCGUUACUUGGCUGUACUGAUGGCACAGCCCAGGGUGCACCCUGGGAGAAUCUGCUGCCGGCCCUCUAGUUCAUGGUAAAUGCUGCCAUUGGAGAUACAAUGAUGCUAUGUCUGCCUGUGAUCUCUUUCAUUUUUUUAAACCAGAUUCUUAGCAUGGCUGCUGCCAGAUCUGUUCUUCACCUCUUUUUUUCCAGAAGAGGACACCGUGCCCACAAUUGUACCUUAUUAUUUUGGGACCUCAGUUCUAAAAAGAGCCUAUUCUUUCUAGGUAAAUUGGAUUUCCAUCUUGGUGUUUCUUUUUAAUUUUUUUUUUUUUUCUUUUGGCAAGACGAGCUUUAUAUUAGAGCUGCUUUUAUCUUUUGGGUCCAUGUCCUGACAUGGAAUCAUUGCAUUGAUUUACUAUCAGAAAUAUUUAAACUGCUUCCUUGGAGGACAAGUUUGAGUUUUAGUAAGCUGUAAAGCUAUUUUAUUUGGUUCACUGUGGUUAAGACAAGCACAAAAACGAAUGAAGAAACAGCACAUUUCAAUGUAAUCCCCUUUGGAAUUUUUUUCCAAAGUCUUGGUAUGUCUUUGUGACACAAAACAUGGAUGGGACGGGUCAAUGAAAUGUUCCUAGUUGCAUAGCUGUUACCGUGCUCCAAAAAUAAAUCACUUUUACUCACACCUGGA